AUUUAUUAAAUAUAAAUUUAACAAAAAAAAAGAAAUAAAAACAAAAAAAAAAAAUUUAUACAAACAAUUAAAAAUCAUGUUUAGUCCUGAUUAUGAGAAACGCAUAUUGAAACACUGCAGUCCGGUGGCUAGAAAUCUUUUCAAUUCUUUUGAGGCCGCUUCAACCACCUCAUCACUGGAUCGAUUUAUACCUUGCAGAGCAAAUAACAAUUGGCAGACGAACUUCGCUUCAAUAAACAAAUCGAAUGAGAAUUCACCGCAGACUAGUAAAAAGCAACGGGAUUGUGGCGAAACUGCUCGAGAUAGUUUAGCGUAUUCGUGUUUAUUAAAAAAUGAAUUACUCGGUACCGCAAUUGAGGAUGUGAAAGCCGUUAGCGAUGAACGUAACGAAAACACUUACACACCUACUACAAAACGUAGUCUAUUCAAAUAUCAAUCGCCUACGAAACAGGAUUAUAAUGAACAAUGUCCAUACUCGUUGUCGCCUGUUAGCACAAAAUCACAAAAAUUACUGCGUUCACCCCGCAAAGCAACCAGAAAAAUAUCACGCAUACCGUUCAAGGUUUUGGAUGCGCCAGAAUUACAAGAUGAUUUCUAUUUAAAUUUAGUCGAUUGGUCAUCGCAAAAUGUUUUGGCUGUCGGUUUAGGUAGCUCUGUUUACCUAUGGAGCGCCUGUACAAGCCAGGUAACACGUUUGUGUGAUCUAAGCCCGGAUGCGAAUACUGUUACUUCGGUAUCAUGGAAUGAACGUGGUAAUCUAGUAGCAGUUGGUACACACCAUGGCUAUGUUACAGUAUGGGACGUAGCUGCCACUACACAAAUUAACAAAUUAAAUGGGCAUUCAGCGCGUGUGGGAGCUUUGGCUUGGAAUGGUGAUAUCUUGUCAAGCGGUUCAAGAGAUCGCCUCAUUAUACAAAGGGAUACACGCACACCAGCGCAACAAUCUGAACGUCGUUUAGUUGGACAUCGUCAAGAGGUUUGCGGUUUAAAAUGGUCACCGGAUAAUCAAUAUUUGGCCAGUGGCGGCAAUGAUAAUCGCUUAUAUGUAUGGAAUCAACAUUCAUUAAAUCCAGUGCAAUCUUAUACGGAGCAUAUGGCUGCGGUGAAAGCUAUAGCUUGGUCUCCACAUCAUCACGGCUUGUUAGCAAGUGGCGGCGGUACAGCAGAUCGUUGCAUACGUUUUUGGAAUACAUUAACAGGACAGCCUAUGCAGUGCGUGGAUACAGGUUCGCAGGUGUGCAAUCUAGCUUGGUCUAAGCAUUCGUCGGAAUUGGUAUCAACUCAUGGCUAUUCACAAAAUCAAAUCCUAGUGUGGAAAUAUCCAUCGUUAACCCAGGUGGCAAAGCUAACAGGUCAUUCAUAUCGUGUUCUCUAUUUGGCUUUAAGUCCAGAUGGUGAAGCCAUAGUAACAGGGGCCGGUGAUGAAACAUUACGCUUUUGGAAUGUUUUCAGUAAAGCGCGCAGUCAAAAGGAAAAUAAAUCAGUCUUGAAUUUAUUUACAAAUAUUAGAUAAAUUUGAUAGAAAAAAAAAAAAAAAAA